CUCCAUAACAACCCAGCAGUGCCAUUCUUCUAACACCACCCAGGCUUUCCGUUUUUCAGACCGGUUUGGAGACUCUGUUCUGCCGCAGUUACCUCGCAAAUCCCCAACAAGCAACCCCAUCUCUCUGCAGCCAUGCUUGAGACCAGUAGUGACGCCCUGUUCCUGCCUACCCACCAAGACAAGGCGCUGGUGGACAACCUGCUGUCCAGCGAGGAUUCGGAUGGAGACUCUGGUGUUCAAGAGCUCUCCCUGGCUAGGGCCUUGCUCCCACGGGGAGACUCUGCCUCCCCGCCCCUCACCCACUCGGUCUGCUCCACCCGCUACAAGACAGAGCUCUGCAGCAGAUACUCGACUAACGGCUCCUGCAAGUACGCCGAGCGCUGCCAGUUCGCCCACGGCCUCCACGAGCUCCACGUGCCCUCCCGCCACCCAAAGUACAAGACAGCGUUGUGCCGAAGCUUCCACAUGAACAGCAACUGUCACUACGGCAGCCGCUGCCUGUUCGUCCACAACUCCACCGAGCAGCGGCCCUACUAUCGCCGCCGCAAGAAUGUCGCCUGCCACACCUUCCGCUCCUUUGGCGUUUGUCCCUUUGGCACCCGCUGUAGCUUCCUGCAUGUAAUGGCUGGUGACCUCGGAAGUGGUCUGGAGUCGCCUGCUGCUGUCGAGGUGAAGACUCCACCACCAUAUGUUUCCAGCCCCCAUUUCCCACCACACUCCAAGGAGUGGAAGCCUCGUGGAGCUCUGUGCCACACCUUCAGCUCAUUCGGGUUCUGCCUGUACGGCACACGGUGCAGCUUCCAGCACGGCCUCCCCAACAAGAUCAAAACCCCCGAGCAGACCUUCUUCCCCCAGCUGUCCCCUGGUUCAGACUCCCCCAACUCCUUCUUCACCUCUUCUACCUCAUCAUCUCCACCAUCAGCCUCCCCUGUCAACACCCCCCCUGCAGAGGCCACAGCACACAACGCCUUCACCUUCUCCAGCCAGCACCUGAACAACCUGCUGCUGCCGCUGGCCCUCCGUCUGCAGCAGCUGGAGAGCAGCAAGGCGCAGGAGAUGUAGGACAACCGGGCACUCUGACAGGAAGCGGCCGUUAAUAGAAUUCAGCACUGAACACCACAGCUCCCUUAAACCUGUUUUAGUGACAUUGUUUUUAUGUUCCUCUUUCCAUAGGGACUGCAUUAUCUAUAUUUUUAUUUAGGUUGUUAGACCUGAGCGCUUAUGUCAGCAGGUUAGACAGGUCUUUAACUGUUUAAUUUCAGAUCAAGUGGUCUGGAAAAUGUAAAGUUGAUGCUGUGUGUGUAUGUAUAUUAUUUUUUAAACUAUUGUAAAUACUUUAUUAAUGAACUGAGUAUAUGAGAUGUCUGACCUCAGAAUCAUGAAUAAACUAAUUUUAAUCUCUCA